AUGGCAGGUAGCGGUUUGAGUUUUUUCAACAGAAGCGUUCCAUCAAUCGCUAUUCACAGCCUUUUUGACAAAUACGACACAAAAAGAAAUGGAAAACUUGGCGAGAACGAAAUGAAAUCUUUUCUUGAAGAAGCAUUGGGCCUUGACUUUGAGCAGGCUCAAAUCUACUUCUUUCUCGUCGACAAAGAUGGAGACCAGGGGAUCUCUUACAGUGAAUUCAAAGAAUGGCUGAGAAGCGAGGAAAAAUUCCAGCGAUUAAACGACAGUUCCAAAUUCGACCGACUCUGCACAGCUUUCGAGCAUUUUAAAGAUUUCGAUACCGACAACACAGGAACUUUGGAUAGAAUGCAGUUCGAGUCGCUUAUGAAAUUUCUGGGAUAUCCAGCACAAGACAUGGAUAAAGUUUUUGCCGCUAUGGACAGGCUCAAUGAUGGUAAAAUUUCAUUUUGGGAAUUCAUGAUAUGGCUGGACUGGUCUCCAAUUGCUUAAUGAAGACUACAUGAACAAACUCUUCUCUGUACGACGCAGGAGAUUGUAGAAGAGAAACUAUCUUUACAGGACAGAUGCAAGCUGACCAUACUAUUUUUUGGUCGUUUUCUUAGAAAACAACAUCUGCUAUGAUAUAAAACCUUGAAGUUAUUCACGAGCAAUGACUGAGAGACUAAAUAUAACGACAUAAAUUUUAUCAAUAUACAAAAGAAAAGAGAUAAAGAUAUGUAUUAUACCGCCCUACCCCGAAAUUUUACCAAGCUCUUUGUUUUCAAAUUGUAAGGCAAAGGUGUAUAUUUAUUUAUAUUUAGCUGUGAUGUAGAAGGAAACGUCUGAUGUAUUAUAUAAUAUUUAUUACAUAUAUAUUUCAGUGAACUUUGCUUCAUCGAUCGCACGCAAAAUAAAUUGACGUUUACGAUUUUUCAUGAGACUAAUUAUUUCGUAAUUCAUUUAAUGUUACGGUCCACUUCAGUCUUUGAAGGACUGUAUAGUUUAUUUUACGUCAACAUGUGUCAUCUCUCCACUCUUCAUCAAUGACCAUUUAUAAUACUGUGGAACUACGAAAACAAAUCAGUAGAAUUAAUUUCUCUGGAAUGCUGUAGCCACGCGAGAGAAAAACAAUCAAAGGUGGGAUAAAUAAACCGCAAUGAGAAAACGGUAGUUUGCGGUUCUUUCUAGAGAUCAUGCAAUAUGACACGUGCGAACUAGAGGGCGGAAACUUUAAUGAGUAAUACACAAGGCAUUAUGGGAAGAAGCCUGGUUCAUAAUCACGGUAUACUUUGCCUUCCCAUAAGACUAAGGACUUCUGGGUAAAAUCUCCACCGGUUCUUUGCGCUUUAUUUUUACAUCGUCUUAGUCUAUGUUUACAUUAUACUGGAUAGGGCUUUUAUUCACACUGAAGAACGGUUGUUGCGGCGCGAUUUCUAUGACGGAGCUAAGCGGUUGAUUAAGUAACAUCGACUGAAGGUGUUCACACUACGGAUAGAGUAGCAACAGAGUAUAUGUUUCAUACUCGCCUACAGGUUUAGAAAAAACGGUCGAUAGAUCCUCUCUUGCCCCUCUACGUUUAACCGACGAGUGCGUGGAGCUAUUCUGCUCGGGAUUGCCCGCUUUUCUGCGUACUACCGGGCCAGAGAGGUAGUGACUUCAUAAAAAUCUCUCGAUUUAUGAUGUUGUCGAAGCGAAGUUUAUAUUAUAAGGACAGGUUUGGAUCACAAACUGUGUGAACAGAAAGAAAGCUAGAAAUUACCCAACUCUAAGAACCAAAAAACAAACAUGAAUGCUUACGUAAACAAAAAGGUGACGAUCGAUAAACAUAGUCAUUGCGAGAUGAAUUGACAGCUAAAAAAGAGAAAGGCUAAGGCUAAUUGGGUUACAUUUGCUCACACGGACCAAUGAAAACCAAGGUCAGAAAGGACUUGUAGUAUAUCUACCAAUUCUGAGAAGGCUUAAAAUAUCCGCCACGUAGACCAUACAGCUCGAAAACUCUUAAAGGAGCUGCAUCACGAAUUUUAUUAAUUUUCUAACAGUAGGAACUCCCACCAAACUGAAUGAAACAUAUGAAACAAUCGCUCCAAAUAUAAAUUAAAAAAAGGCCUAUAAAACAGUAGUCUGCUACACAGCCGUUUUUAGAGUCGUCACGCAAUGCUCCUCCCCACGAGCGUUGCGUGACGACAUUAAAAACGGCUGUGUAGCAGACUAAUAAAACAGUGUUAUAAAUAACGGAGCAAAUAUAAAAGAAGGCACCGAUGGGCAAAUUUCAAAAGGAUUAUAACGGAUUGAAAUUGUACGUUUUUCAAUGAAGACUCGUUAACCUAACAGUUGUUUAAAGGUCAUUUUGUUGUUUGUAAGGUUUCUCUUGGCCCUACUGAUGAACAGUUGCGACACGUAGAUAUAUAUUUUUUAGCAACUAAGAUAAUUUGCAGUCUGUCUAUUUCGAAUUCGAUAUAAUCCUUGGAAAGUAAAUUGGCAUUAUUAACCCUAUAAAACCCUGAUAUCAAAAUUUAAAUUCUCAUUUGUUGUCUCUAUACAUUCCUAUAGAAGAAGUGGGGAGACGCUGUUAGAGUAUCAAUUAACUUCAUCUUUUGUGAUCAAUCCCUUAAUUCUUGUUACCAUCAUGUUUUACUGAGCAAAGAUGUUACAAAGAGAAAAUUGAUGCUGAUCACAUUUAGGGCUUAAAGGGUUAAUAUUAUGAACAAGACGCUGUGACAAGGCAGCCCCUUUAAAAGGGCUGUGUCACGGCAGUCCAGUUCAUUUUGUUUAAUUUUGCCAAUUACUCGCCCUCAAUCGAUAUGGAACUUAGAGUAAGCAAAGAAAUUACAUGUAAAUUACAAAAUCAGAUAUCCGAGACAAACAAAUAUGUCUCCUGAGCAUUAUUUUUGAAGUUGCAAGCAGAGAACUGUUAGGCUGAACAGUUUUCAAAAACCAUAAUUUCAAUCCGUUUCAAUCUUCUUCAGUUUUGCUCAUCCGUGGUGUUUUAAAGUUUUAAGCGGUUACUUUUAUAUUUCUCCAGAAGCUGGUUUCUCUUAAUUUAACGGGCAUUUUGUAAUUUCCUAAUUUGGCUGAAUUUCGUGACACGGUUCCUUUACAGUAAACCCUUUACGUGCCAAUAGUGACCAAAACCAAUUUUCUCCUAACAAUAUCCAUAGAUUGUCAAGAGAAGAGGUAAUGAGAGUUAAUGAAAUGAUCACCUAAGUGAAAAUGCCAUGAUAUUUUGUCAAAUUCUUUCAACUAAUUCUUAGGGAAAUAUAUAGAUCAGUUUGGAGAAUUUGUAUGUGGAUAUUGGGACUUAACGGGUUAAAAAACAUGUGCGGCCUCAUCAAAACUUCGAAACGACCCUUAUUAUAAAAACAGUGCAUUUAAAUACUAAGGUGGCCCACAACUGUCACGGCAAAAACCAAAAACCUCACGGCAAAAACAAAAUACCUCACUGCAAAACCGAAAACCUCACGGCAAAACCGAAAACCUCACGGCAAAACCAAAAACCUCACGGCAAAAACAAAAUAUCUCACGGCAAAACCGAAAACCUCACGGCAAAACCAAAAACCUCACGGCAAAAACAAAAUACCUCACGGCAAAACCGAAAACCUCACGGCAAAACCAAAAACCUCACGGCAAAACCAAUAUACUUCACGGCAAAAACCAACAACCUCACGGCAAAAACAAAAGACAGUGACAGUUGUGGGCUACCAUAAAAUACAGUCGACUCCCGAUAACUCGAACCUUCAAGGGAAAUCGAGAAAAGUUUGAGUUAUCGGGAGUUCGAGUUAUCGCGAGUUUGAAGAAAAUAACCGGAAGUAAGGAAAUAAGCAAAUGGAUGGGGGGAAAGGCAAUUAAGCAACUAAGUAUACAGGAAUGGACACUGAAUUUGAACUGGAGUGACAAAAAAGUAAAGACAAAGAAUUUACUCGGUUGUUUUGAGAUAAAUUCAAUAUUUCGGACUUCAGUACACCCUUUUUUUCCUCGACUUGUCACGCGCUUAAAACAUGGUUCGAGUUAUUGAGGGUAAAAUUGUAUAGAAAUUUUUCCCGUUGGGUACUCCUGUAGAAAUGAGCUAAAGGGAAACAAAAAGUACUUCGAGUUAGCGGGAGGUUCGAGUUAUCGUGGGUAAAAUUACAGUAAAAGUACUGAAGGAAAUGCAGGGGGAAAUCGACUAUGGUUCGAGUUCGCAUGCACGAGGUUCGAGUUAGCGAGGGUUCGAGUUAUCGGGAGUCAACUGUAAUCACUCUUUUAGCUCUUCGGAGACAAUGCAUGCUGCAUACUGGACAAAGUGGCCAAGAGAAAACGAAUUAGUCAAAUUAUUUGCUUAGUCAUGGCUCAUCCUUGUCCUUCCCCGUAAAUUUUGGCACGUCCCUCUAAUCCGAAGGCUGAGACAGGCUAGAACGAUCUUAAAAAUUUCGGAAAUUUACCGGUUUGUUUUGCGUUUGUUCUUUUAUCAGUCCUAAGUGCUUGUUGACUGAAAACACCGCCUUUCUUUUCUCAAGAUUCACUUGAACGGAAAAUUCCAUUGACACGGAGAAAAAUGGCAUAUUUUGACGUCAACAAUACAAGGUAAUUUGCGCAUCAAACUUCGUUUUCGCAAAUUCAUGACGACGUGUUCUCUCCCGCUAUUUGUACAACAGGUGUAAAAUAAACAAACACUCAAUGGCAGAAACUUCCUUCUUUUUAUCACCCACGUAGUAAAGAAAUAUGAAAAGCGAAUUCGGAUAACAAAGUUAUGGAUAUAUAGACGCCUGGAUUGUUGCGAUCCAGACUCAAAGGGACGGCGAUCGAGCGUAUCUUGACGUCAAUAGGAAGCCUAUUAUUGGUACUUUACUAGAAAGCCAUUAAUAUAAACCAUUUGCUUUCGAUUUAAGCGUUAUAAAAGACAAGCGAACAAACAAUCCAUCAAUCCGUUCACGUUUACGUUUACCUCAUUGCAGCAAGUAAGUCACUCUCAAGAUGCAAGCUGGAACAAGUUUCUUCGACAACAACACCCCCCAAGUGGUUAUUCGAAGCCUUUUCGACAAGUACGAUAAAAGCAGAACCGGUACGCUAGACGCGCAAGAAUUGAAUGAACUUUUGCAGAAAGAUUUAGGCUUCAAGAAAGAACAAGCCAAAGUUUACUCCAUGCUGCUGGACAAAGACGGCGACCAGAACAUAUCAUUCGAGGAAUUUCUCGCCUGGCUGCGAAGUGGGGAACGUUUUACGAUGAUCAACGAUCAAAUACAAUUCAAGACUCUUUGCAAAGCAGUGGAAUUAUUCAAAAUCUACGACAAAGAUAACAGCAAUGGCUUGAACCAGGAAGAACUGAAACAUUUACUCGUUUCUCUUGGGUACCACGACGUUGAUGCACAGAAGUUCUUUGAAUACCUCGACCAGCACAAAAAUGGGAAGAUUUCGUUCUGGGAGCUGCUAAAGUGGCUGAAUUGGGUACCGAUGGAGUGA